AUGACGUCCGACGUGUAUGAUUCGGACGACGCCUGUAAUCGGUCGCCGCCGCCGGUGGCCCAGAAAAUCUCCUAUGCGGUGCAGGAGCCUCUGCCGCCCUUUGUUCACCCAGGGUCGCCUGAGGGCGAUGUCGAGAAACCUGCCAAGGGAACGCCCGGUCGUUCCCGUAAGCACCUGCCGGAAACCCGGACUCAAACGCGUCUCGGCGACUCGGUGCUGAUCAGCUAUCUAGACCCAAGCCGUCCGGAUAUUGCCAAUCACGCCCGAGAUCAUCCUCUCACGGACUGGCCGCCUCCGCUCGACCGCCCAGCCCUGGUCGAGAAGAGGAAGCCUGAGCCAGCUCCGACCCCUGGACCCAGUCUGGGAGCUCCCACGCUGCCCACGGCCGCGCAGGCCGUGGCCCAGUUGCAGGACAGGCGUCCAAGUGACGACAAGCCCGUCUCCCCGCGGACCAAGUUUCCUCCACUUCCACUCCCCGUGGCGCCCAUCGAGGUCAAGAAUGAGGUUUUCUCCCCUGUCCAGCCGCCUCGUCUUCCGUCGAUCUCGGGCCCGGAUCGACGACCCUCAGAGGAUCCCUCACUCAAAAAACCCAACCACUCCCCGAGCAUCAAGGCUCGAGUAUCGCUUCCCUCUCUCCAGUCCUUCCACUCGCCGCCAGAUUCUGCAACACCUCCAGACAGUAACAGUAAUAGCAACAGCCAAGUGCUGCCGUCCAUUCACUCCGCACUGGGAGGGUUAUCGCCCAAGAGCUUUCCCUCGGGCCGGAUCAAUAGCUUGCCUCCUCCUUACCCAUACCCCUCGUGUCCGGUGUCAGCGGCGCCCCGAAAUGAAUCUCAUCUGGAGCGCAUCUUGCCCGGGCAGUUCCAGGUCCCACCCAGUCCCUUCUCGCACUUCUCCCCCGUGAGCACCAAGGACAUGUCGACCAACCCAUCCCCCGCAUCGCAGGUAUCAUAUUGGCGGACCCCAUCACAGACCGAGAUGCACCCGGCUGCGUCGCCGUAUGAUAUGUCCAUCACGGCCAAAAGCCCUGCCACUGGGUAUCCGACGCCCACGGAACAGGUCAGCGCCGGGUCCGGAGAUCGCACCUCGCUCAGCUCCAACCCGUCAACCAACGGGUCAAUUGGCAGCUUCAAGUGCACUCAUCCGGGAUGCACGGCACCCCCGUUCCAGACGCAGUAUCUCCUCAACUCGCAUGCCAAUGUACACUCGCAAGAUCGGCCUCAUUUCUGUCCGGUAGAGGGGUGUCCGCGCGGUGUGGGUGGGCGAGGAUUCAAGCGCAAGAAUGAGAUGAUGCGCCAUGGCCUAGUCCAUAAUUCCCCGGGCUAUGUCUGUCCCUUCUGUCCGGACCAGCAACACAAGUACCCGCGGCCUGAUAACCUGCAACGACAUGUCCGCGUCCACCACGUCGAUAAAAACAAGGACGACCCCAUCCUGCGACAGGUCCUUUCGCAGCGUCCCGUCGGCAGCUCUCGCGGCCGACGACGAAGAAUGAACUCCUAA